CGGUACUGUGACAACCAUUGGGCGGAGGCGGCGAGGUGGCCAUCGAGAGCCUGAUCCUGUUCAGUGUGGAGUGGCAGCGGGAGCGGGCACCGAGGCGAGCCGCUCGAGGUGCAACCCGGGUCCCUAUGCGGGGACGUGUGUGACUCGGUGCUCUUUAUCCGUAACGCUGGGAGGAAAGCGGAGUGAGAUCAACAAUAUAAAAUGGUUACAUGUCCCACAAAUGUAAUACUAAAGUGGCUUGAACACCUGAAUGGUUCCUGGGCCUUGGAAGACACUGAGUCUACAGCUACAAGAGAAGGUGCCUCUGCAUUAUAUGAAAAGCUCCUCCAGAACAGAGAAGUGGUAGGGAUAUCUCACCAGGUGCAAAAUCUCAUAGGUCCAAAAUUGCCAGAUUUUGAACAUGAAUCUUCAGCUGUGGAAGAACGUGAACGUUACCUCUCUGCACUCCUUAACUGCCAACAAAACUUGGCCAGGACUGUCUUUGGAAAUUCACCUUUUGCUGUUGCCUUACAUAUGCGUUUGGUGUCCCUUCAGAGGAUAUUCCAUGCACUUUCUACCAAGUACCACGAUCGAUUUAGGCCAGAGUGUAAAGUACAAAAGCAGAGUUCUGACAGCAGAUUAGAUCUAGAUGAUACGCUGGCCAGGAAUAAAGGAAUAAAAUCAGGUGCUGAUGUUCUUAUAGAAAUGGGAGUGAAGACUGCUCUAAGUCUGCUCUUUGCACUAAUUCAACAAAAUUGGCAACAGUCAAGAAUAGAUCCAAGCCUGAGCUUGUGCAAUGAUGUCUUGUGCACAGCCUGCACAAUUAUAAAUUCUCUACCUCCACUUUCUCUAGCAAAUGAAAACAAAAUCCCACAAGUUGGUUUGGACUGCCUUGCACAAGUUUCAACUUUUUUGAAGAAAAUGACUAUGCCUAAUUCUGGGGCUGACAAAGAUGGGCAACGACUGGCUUCAGAACUAUUACUGGGUCUUGCGGUACAGCGUGGCUCCUUGAAGUUCCUACUUGAAUGGAUUGAAGUAGCAUUGGCAGCUUCUGCAGCUGCUACAAAAGCACCUUUUGAACCAGAGAAAGAAGUAAUGAUUGGAUAUGAUAGUGUUUUAAAAUCAUUGGAGCAACUAAGAAAUUCUUCGAAUACAAGUACAGAUAAUCCACAAAGUCAAGACCUCAAGAAGACUCCAGAUGGAUUGUGUUCACUAUCUCAGGCUGCAGUUUGUCUCUUUGAAGAGAUUUGCAGCUUAGCACUAGCCUGCCUUUGUAGUACCAGUUCUCAUAACUCUCAAAGUCAUGACUGUGAAACAAGAGCUGUGUAUGUUUGGGGAAGUAACAGCAGCCAUCAAUUGGCAGAAGGGACUCUAGAGAAAAUCUUGCAGCCCAAAUUAGCACAUGGAUUUGCUAAUGCAAAGACGAUUGAGGCUGGCCAGUAUUGCACAUUUACAGUUUCAGAAGAUGGCUCUGUGAAAGCUUGUGGAAAAGGUAGCUAUGGUAGACUUGGACUGGGUGACUCCAACAAUCAGUCAACAGCUAAAAAGCUCACAUUUGAACCUUGUCGGAGCAUCCGUAAAAUAUCAUCCUCAAAGGGUUCAGAUGGACACACGCUAGCAGUAACUACAGAAGGAGAGGUGUUCAGUUGGGGAGAUGGCGAUUAUGGGAAGCUUGGACAUGGAAAUAGCGCGACCCAGAAGUAUCCUAAAUUGGUUCAUGGACCGUUACUAGGGAAGAUUGUAGUCUGUGUGUCAGCAGGAUAUAGGCACAGUGCAUCAGUAACAAGCGAUGGAGAACUUUACACCUGGGGAGAGGGAGACUUUGGCAGACUUGGACAUAGUGAUAGCCAUAGUCGCAAUCUGCCAGCUCUCGUUAAAGAUAUCAGUGGCGUUGGGCAAGUAGCUUGUGGCAGUUCUCACACUCUCGCAGUAUCUCAGGAUGGACGGACAGUUUGGUCAUUUGGAGGGGGAGACAAUGGUAAGCUUGGUCAUGGAGAUACUAACCGAGUGUACCGGCCAAAGGUAAUCGAAAGCUUCCAAGGACUGUAUGUAAGGAAGGUUUGUGCUGGAAGUCAGUCUUCACUUGCCUUGACUUCUGCUGGACAGGUGUUUGCUUGGGGCUGUGGCUCGUGCCUAGGUAGUGGUUCUUCAGAAACAACAGCUCUCAGGCCACGACUAGUUGAGGAGCUGAAUUCAACCAAAAUCAUCGAUAUUUCUUGUGGAGAUAGCCAUUGUUUAGCACUAACUCAUGACAAUGAAGUUUAUGCUUGGGGUAAUAAUGCAAUGGGUCAGUGUGGACAGGGGCAUACAUCAACCCCAAUUGCUAAACCGAAGAAAGUAAUUGGUUUGGAAGGAAUACCUAUACAACAAAUCACUGCAGGAACUUCUCACAGCUUAGCCUGGACAGCUGCUCCAACUGAUAGACAACUAGUAGCCUGGCACAGACCUUACUGCGUUGAUCUGGAAGAAAGUACUUUUAGUUACCUGCAGACCUUUUUGGAUAGAUAUUGCGAUGGCAUUAACAAUGAGAUACCUCCACAGCCUUUCUGUUCUCAAAGGGAGCACCAUCACUUUGUGUUACUUUGUUUGAAGUUGCUUUCUACCCAUCUUUCCCUGGCUCAAGCUGGAGGAACUGGUGCCACUGUCCUCGGUCAACAGACCAGACCACUAAGAAACUUACUUUUUCAGUUAAUAGAUUCAGAUGUCCCAAAAAAUAUUGAAGAGGCAGUUAAUGAAACACUUUCGGUUGGUGCAUCUUUACUGUUGCCUCCACUCAGGGAACGUACUGAGCUUUUACACAGUCUUCUACCUCAAGGUCCAGAAAGAUGGGAAAGUUUAUCAAAAGGACAAAGAAUGCAGUUGGAUAUCAUAUUGACUAGCCUUCAGGAUCAGAAUCACAUUGCAUCGCUGUUAGGCUACAGCUUACCUGUUGACAUGACUGAAAGAUUCUCACAGAAGUGCAAUUCGGAUCAGGACUCAUCCAAUGCUGGAAAUAUCGACCACUUUCAUUUAGCAGAGAUCCUUUUGAAAACUCUAUUAAAGAACAUCAGCUUCUACACUGAGCGUGCUUUCGGAGAGCUGGAAAAGAACAGUGAUAAGCAACAGAUUAACACAAGGCAUACAGAAAAUGGACCACCUUCCCAUGUCCAUCAGCUGCUGUCUGCAUUACAUAAACACCUUCUGGCUCACUGUUACUCAAAUUCUACUACUAAGGACCAGUUAAGCGUGGAUUUACUGCAUAAGCACUUACAAUUGCUGCUGCAGUAUGCAUCUGAUACUUACAGACGAUCUGCUGUUCUUCUGAAAGAAAGCUUAGUGGAUAAAAGUGUAACGGAAAAAUUGCAUGGGAUUCUUUUUAACUCUGCAGCUGGAAGUAUUUUGUGCCAGGUGAUAUAUUCUCUUCUGCUGUUACCUGCUAGCAUUGUGCAACCUGCGCUUGAUGGUCUUCUAGAUCUUCUUCAACCAUUGGAUUGUCUAAACAGGCUUUUACCAGCUGCAUUGUUAUUGGAGGAACAAGAACUUGAAUGGGAGAUCUAUGAACCUGGAAGCAAUUUUGAAAUAUCCAUUCCAGCACAGGUGAAAUCUUGGAUUUGGUUGAUUGAUAUGGAGCGCACCAUUUCUUUCACUAUUGGGAAAUGUCUUGGAGAGAUGCUGCAAGGUCCUCUUUGUUCAUCAGAAGAAGUAAAUUCAGCUUACUGGCUGCAAAGCCAGCUCCUCAGCAAUGGCCUUGAAAUCGACAGUGAACAGCUUGAUUCUUACAUUAAUGGCCUAACUACAAAGGCAUUGGCUCAUUCUGCGGAAAGGAAGUCAUUUGAGUUUCAAGUUUCUGAAAACACUGCUGUACUAAUAGACAUUGCGCUUGGUGCCAUAACAGAGCCAGGGUUCAAAAUCUGGAGCAGAAUGCAGCACUACGCCAUCAGCAACGAGUGGGAACACAUUUCUAAUGGAGACCAUUUGCUGAACAUUGUCUCAAGAUUUGUCCUUGCAGUAUUACUUAAACACACAGGAUUAUUGCAAGAAGCCUGCAAGGAUGAUUGCUGCCAGCCCAAUGAAAGACUUGUUGAAAUAUAUCAAUGUGUCUACAGAGUUAGAAGUGCACUCCUGGCUCAAAAGAAUGUGACCCAUAAUGCUGCAAAUGUUCAGCUGUCUGAUUGGUCUAGACAGUUUUCAGAUAUCUCAGAUGAUGUCGAGGAUGAGCCACAAGAAAGCUGUAGUACUUCUGCUAAGCCAAAUGAGAAUAAUAGGCAAUCAGAAGAACCAAAGUACAAUAUGGAAAGGGAGAUGGUCCUGCUGGAUACAGAGGAGUUUCCAAAGAUAAGCAAGGUAUUGGAGUGUUUCCUUGCUCGAAAGGCAGCUUGUCAUGAAAAUGAAACUGUGUAUGAAUACUCGGGCCUAAGCACCCAGCCCAACAGUACAGGCAGUGUGGAAGUUACAGAAAGUGAGGGUGCUCAGAAAGAGAAAGAAACUGAUUCAGAAGACCAAUAUUCCUCUACUUCCAUAUGCCACAAUGUAAUUGUUCGUUGUGCAUUCCUUAUUCUUGGGGUAAGAGCCAUAUGGUUAGAAAACGUAUGUCAAGAAUCAACGUCAGGUAAAGUUAGGAAGGCAACUUCUUUCCAAGAGGAACAGUCAUUUUGGGCAAGACUGAGACCAAAUCAAAGUGAUUCUGAUGCAAGGAAACAAGUGAAUAAAGAAAUUACUGAAGGCCCCACAAGAAUACAAACAAGAUCAUCUGACCAGACUUUAGGAAUGCCCUUGUGUUCACGAGGCAUUAUGAAGGAUGCUUGGCACUUGCUACGACAAUGUAUUAGUCCAACAGAGAGUACUCAGACCUCUACAUUGGCUCCAUUGCUGAAUGACAUCUUUCAAUUCCUAUGUGGGCAUCUUACCCAGACCUCAAAUCUGGUUGAACAAGAGACUGGUAAAGAGGCGGAUCCUAAAGUGGUUAUCACAGCAAUGGGUCACCAGCAAAAGCGAGCAGAGAUUCGGCUUGAAGCCCUUUGUCAGAUUUCAUCCUUUCUCUCUGAAAUGGAGAGUAAAAGUGGCAUCUCUACAGACACAUCCGAAGCACCAUUGAAGUCUACUGGUCUUCUAUCAACAGUGCAACUGCAAUUUCUUACUGGCUGUUUUGAUUUAGGAACAACAAAAACAGCAAACAUCAAGCGGAAUUGUGAAAAGUUCCAACAUUACCAGGAUGUAACACAUGCUGCCUGUGGAAAUACACAGAAGGAACUUCGGGCUGCAGCACACAAGCUCUACCAGCAACUGGUUUCAGCGCUGGAAAGGAGACUUGCAACUGGAAAGGAACUCUCAGGAGCCCAGCAGCAUUUAUUGCUAGCCACCAUAUUUGCUUUAAAUAUACGAUAUCAACCUACUGAUAUAACAGUGGUCAUUAACAGUGGACUUCUAAAUGCCCUUUCGAAGCUGACAAACUCCUGCCUUCUGAUAAACCAGCGAUGGUUGAUGGCUUCAGUGUCUGGCCAUUCCCAGCUCAAUGUGGCAUUAAAGCUGGCUGGCGCUCGGCUUCUGCAGAUUUUGGCUAUCACUACUAGUUCCUAUGCAGACACUUUGCCCCUGGAAAUAGUUCAAGCACCAAUGGACGUAUUGUGCUGCCAGCUGCAGAAUUUUGUGCAUGCGGUGUGUGGAAAUGCAGAAUGUGAGAUAACUGGAGACAAAUGUAAAGAAUCACAUGGCUGUGGAGCUAACACCAGAUCCGAAAGUAAAGAUUUUGUCAAUAACAGAAGAAUAGUAGAAACCCAGCUGGGAGACUUCCUUGUUUUUUUGCGUCGUGUUAUCUCCACCAAAAAUAUGCAGAAUGAUAUGGUUUCUGUGAAAUGGAUUGACCCAGUUUUAUUGAUUGCUUCAGGAAUGAGUGCAUCAGGUGUUCCACUUAUCCAUAAUUUACGCACCAGGUUGCUAGCAUUACAUAUUUUGGAGUCACUCUUGCCUGCCUGCUUUGAACCAAACCAAAUAAAGGAGACUUUGGAGAGACUCUUCAGUUCACUUUCUGCCUAUAUGUGGGACAUGCCAUUUGCUUUAAGCAAACUGGAAAAAGUAGAGAAAUCAACUGAGGAUAAAGAAAGUGACAACAUACCGAUUAAAGAAUUUUCCUUUGAUCCAGAAAAAAUGGUUUGCUGUGUAAUGGAAGCAGGAAAUGUAUUAUCUCAUGGUGCAGGGGGUAAAGGAUAUGGCUUAGCAUCUACAGCCAUAACAUCGGGAUGCUUUCAAUGGAAGUUUUACAUAACCAGGGAAAAUAAAGGUAAUGAAGGUACAUGCGUUGGAGUCUCACAGUGGCCGGUCAGAGAUUUCAAUCAUCGUACAACAUCAGAUAUGUGGCUCUACAGAGCUUAUAGUGGGAAUCUCUACCACAACGGGGAGCAAGGCUGCACUCUACCUAGCUACACACAAGGAGAUUGUAUAACUUGUGUCCUGGAUGUGGAAGCAAGAACAAUUUCAUUUGGAAAGAAUGAUGAGGAACCAAAAUUAGCUUUUGAAGAUGUUGAUGCAACUGAGCUGUAUCCUUGUGUGAUGUUUUAUAGCAGUAAUCCUGGAGAAAAGGUAGCACUUUGUGACAUGCAAAUGCGUGGAAUGCCUCAGGACCUCCUACCUGGUGAACCGUUUUGCAGUCCUCUUAUGACUGCCUUGUCAGAGGCAACUAUACAGUUGAUCCGAAAACUCCAUUGCAAUGACAAUUGGAUGCCUGCAGUUAACCACUAUAUGCUUUGUAGGCUAGAGUUGAUUGGUUCCAUUAUGAAAGAAGCAAAAAUAUUGAAACUGAAUAAAGUUCUGAGUAAAUAUUCCAUGAAGAAAAGCACCCUUGAGGAAAAAAAGUUGAAAGGGCAAGAGGACAACCUAUUAAAGGAUGAAGAUAAGAUCGAGUGCAUCACAGACUUAGCUGAACUACAACUCCAAAUGCUGUGCCGAGAAGUCUGGCCUGUUCUGGCAGUUGUUGGUGGAAUAGAUGGUGGCCUUCGAGUUGGUGGUCAAUGCUUGCACAGGCCUUCAGGUCGCAAAGCAACCCUUUUGGGAAUUACAAAAGCAGGAGGCACCUUUGCAAGACUACAAUGGGAAGAUGUGGAAAUUACCAUCAGUGAUGCAUUGCUCUCCUCACUGGAACCCUGCAAGUCAUAUUGCUUCGACAUGACAAGAUUCCAUGGUCUGAAGCCAUCCAUGUUAUUAGACCUGACCUACUUGACUGGAGUACGUGAAGAGCCUGAAAUGUACAAUAAGAUGACACAAAAUAAAGACCCACCUGAGAAAACUGUCAAGAAUGAACUGGAAACAUCACUGGAUGAAGAAAUUGCAAAAUUUAUGGUUGCUGAUGACCACAAAGAUCCCUCUAGCAUACAAAAUCAAGAAUCUUUGAAUGUUCUUUCUAAAAAUUUACAGGAUCAUAAUGAAGAAAACGAGGCUCAAAAAGAUUGUACUACAAAAGGGAGUACUGAAUUAAAUGAAACUUCCCCAAAGUCAUAUGAUAGAACUGUACAAAAAUACGAAUUAUUCUUAACUGAACUGCGAGCUGUGCAACUUUCAUACUUGUCUGUUGGGGCCAUGAAAACACUCAGUGUUAUACUGAGUUACAGCAAGUAUGCGGACUUGCUUCUUAUUCCCAAAAUCACUGCAAACAGCUCAUGUACUUCAGAUAAUGCUAAAGCCACUGCUGGCUCUGCAGAGAAUGCUGAAAUUAGAAUGGUGCUCCAAUAUAUAAUGAGGUGCAUGGUGAAGUGGGCAGUGCGGCCAUGUCCAAUUAAGCGGGUAGUUUCACUAGCUGAUCUAGAGCGUGCCCAUAUCAUGGUAUUCAAAUCUGCAUUGGAUUCUUUGGUGGAAGAUUAUGGAACCAAAGAGGAUAAAGAUGCACCAUCGACAGAAAAUUCAAAACUUCACUCUCAAACAGCAUCAAUUUCAUCUAGUACAGUUUCACUGUACAGUCACUCUUCUGAGGAAAGCACAGGCAUUCCCAACUCAUUGUCAGCUUCAAAUUCUUCUUCAGCCACUAAUUUGGGUUCUUUAGCUUCUUCAAAUGGAUUGGAAAAUUUUAAUCCUUACUUGCCUGUCAAUGUCUUACAACAAAUGGUUGUAGUCAGAUUUCCUUCACUCUCUGGAUUGAUUAACAAUCCUUUGUUACUUCCUGGAUUGAAUCUGGUACCUGCUAUUUCAGAUGAUGGGGAGCAAAGGAAUUAUUUUUCAUUUCCUUCUGUUUCUAAUGGACAGUGCAGUUCCCCUGUAGAUUCUAGAAGUGAUCUUCCUGAGCAUUCACCACCUGUUGCUGUUCCUUUGCUAGAAAUGGGUUUUUCCUUGAGGCACAUUUGCAAAGCAGUUGAUGCUUCAGGAGUUUCUGGAGAUGCAGACCCACAAUCAAUUGAGCAAUUAGCCAGCUGGAUGCUAGAACAUCCACUCGCAGAAGAACAAGAACUAAUUGUCUAUUCCUCAGCAAAUACUGGCAAUGAUUUGAACGCACCUGUGGAGUCUGAGGUUAUAGUGCACAAUGAAUUAACUACGCCCGAGUCUCCUGACACUGUCAACAGGGAAGAUGUAGUUGAAGGAAAUACUGAUGGUUUGGAUCAGAUAGAAAGGGGAAACUUUAUUGAUGUGCAUCUGACUAGAAAUAGGCCUCCACCAGCUCGAAGACACAGAACAAGCCAAGGACAGCGACCCACUUUCAGGAGAGCUGGAUCCAGAUCUCCUCCAAUAGCGCGGUCAUCACUACGAAGGGAGCCUGAAAGUGCAAGAUGGCAGGAAACUGAUGCGAUGUCUGAUCGCAAUCUGGAUGGAGAGUUGGAGCUCUGUUUUUCUGAGGAUCCACUAUCUGAAGGUUCUGUUGAUGAUAUGUUUCCAUCUGAAUGUGGUACUGAAAAUGAAGCACAAGGCAUUUGGUUAUCUGAGAUGAUGGAUUGGCCAAACAUGUGUCAGGAUAGCUCAGAGGCAGAGGAAGUUGUGAUUUGUGAACUGUGUGAUACUCGUACAAUGCAAUUCAACAAUCACAUGAAACAGCAUCACCCCGGUUGUGGAGAGAGUGCAGGCCACAUGGGAUACCGAAGUAAUGGAGACUACGUUGAUGGUUGGUUUGGGGGAGAGUGUGGCACAGGGAGCCCAUACUAUCUGAUGUGCAACAGUUGCCAUGGAAAAUACUUGGCUGAGAAACCAAGACACAAGCAAACCAAAUCAAGUCGCAGAGCAAAAGGAUUAGCGCCUGACUUAAUCAACAAGAAUGAAAAUACGCAUGAAGAGGACUGGGAUAUAUUAGAUGUUGAAAGAAAGGAGCAACUUACAGGACUGGAAGAUUUUGCUUCAUUAGCUGGGCCACUUGGUUUAAAUGAUAGCAAAUUGAUUCCAGAUCCGGUCCAAUUUCCAGAACAGGAUCCUCUUGGAGCUUCAGUUAUGACUGAUAAUACAGAAGAGGCACUUCUAAAGAAAGGUGUGAACAAGUUUGAUGAGAAAGCAUAUUCUAGACUGACUUUGGGUGAGCAAGCUGCAACGCUUCGAGACACCAAAGAAAGAGUUCUUGCUCUCCAACGUAUCACAAUGGCAAUGCAAAUUCUUUUGGCGCACACCAUGGUUAUGAAAGCUUUAUCGCUUGUCUCUGUGAGUGGAUCUAUAUGCAGUCAAACAAGUGGACUGGAAGCUCUUGGAUUAACUGACAUCCGUAUCUUGGUUCGAUUGAUGUGCCUUGCAGCUGGAGGCAGGGCUCAGUUGGCCAAUAGUGGAACAGAACAUUUAUAUUCAAGUGCUCCAUUUAGACUUUCAAAAGGAACAACGUGGAGUACAACCUCCUGCUUAACAUAUAUGAGUUCAGCCAUUGGCUGUCUAAUUGCAAACAGCCCCUCAGCAUACAGGGCAUUGGUUAAUGUCUGUACUCAGGAUUUAAUUGCUGCUGCAUCAGGCCUACAUGUAGGCAUAAUUCGUGAUGUGCAGCAAAAGAACAGGGUGCUUCAAGUUUUCUGUAGAUCAGCAAAAGGUAAACUUUCUGGCUAUCCCAAAUUUCUGGUAACCCAAGCCUUGGUAGCAUUGCUUACUGAGAAACGUUUUCGACAUCAAUCCAGUCGUGACAAAGAGGAAGCAGAGUCUAAAGAUACUCCACCUUCUUCAUCUGCAUAUUCUUACUCAUCAACACAUAUUGGACCCUUGGAACUAGCCAACGCACUUGCAGCGUGUUGCCUGUCUGUGAGACUGAGUUCUGGACAUCGUCAGUGGGCCGCACAGCAUCUAGUACAGGUCUUAUCUACCACUGAAAGGAACAAUCAGUUUAGACCUCAAACUUAUGCAGACCUGGCAGGGGAUCUUCGGAAAUGUCCCACUGUUAAGCUGGAAGCUCAUGAGAACCGGGUUGCAAGUUCUUCCUGGUCAGUUGCAAAGGGUUUGCUAGCCACAAGUGCCCUGGAUAGAACCAUUCGCCUGUGGACUUUAACCAAGAAUACAGUUGCAUUAAUACAGACAGUUUGCUUUAAAACUUGUGAGGAUUCAAAGGAAAGACCUUGUAGCCCUACAAGAGACUUCAAUCUGUCUCCAGUAUACUGGAGUGCAAGUGGCAGAUUUUUAGCAGCUUCACAAGACAAAAUCAUCAACAUCUAUCAAGUUGAUGGGAAUGACAUCCAUAUGAAAGUUCAACCUUCCUGGGUAACUGCUUUGACAUGGGCAGAUGUCCAAACACCAUUCUUGAAUGAAGACAUUAACAAACAAGCUGAAGUGUUAUUGGUAGGACGACUGGAUGGAUCAAUUGGCUGCAUCGAAGCUGCAGAGAAUACCGUUUCUGACACGAUUAACCUAGUACAUUGUCAGAGAAAAGAUGUUGCUGUUCAGUGCAUUGCCUGGUACAGUGAAGGUAAACCAAUUGCAGUCGGGUACUCUGAUGGGAAAAUUUUACUUGGAACAAGAGAGUUCGAAAAUGUGGAAGAAUCAGUGAUAUUAGAUUCAUUUCAGGAGAGUGUAACAAGCUUGAAAUGGGAUCCAACUGGUCAUCUACUGCUUGCAGUUUCCAGGGAAGAGAUGGUGAAAGUAUGGGGAAGAAUAGGAAAUUCCUGGGUAGCAGUUCAAACUCUUUUUCACUCAGCGUUGGUCAAUACUUCAGCAUGGUGUCCACUUCCAGGGAAAGGAGUGGAUCCAAGACUAAUGCUUGCAGUGGGUUGUCAGAAUGGCUUAGUUUAUGUUUGGACACUACCACAAGGUGGCACUGCAGUUUCGUUGCCAAACUUCUUGCCUUCUGAUGUACAAGGAAAGCAAAUUGAGGACAGAUUUCAGUUCAGAGGUAGAGCCAAGUGUAUAUUUCGUCUCAAUGCUCACAUAACUGCAGUGGUAGCGGUGUCCUUCAGUCCCAGUGGAUUAGCACUUUUGUCUGGAGGAAUUGGAGGGUUGAUAAAUAUUUGGUCUAUGCAGGAUGGUUCAGUUCUGCAGACUGUAGUAACUGGUCUAGGGUCAAUAGUCGGAAUAGCCUGGAUUCCAGACAUUGGAGUAGCAGUUUGCUCCAGCAGAGCGAAGGAUGUCCUUCUAAUCAGAUGUUCACCAGAGUGGAUGUCUCAGAACCACAUCUUGCCAUCGUGUCGAAUGGCUCUUAGAGCACAGGGGAUUAUAGGACUGAAUAAGGCUCCAUGUAUGAAGGUUUUUAUUGAAAGACUACCUUUGCUCCUGCGUGCCCAAUAUGCAUAUGAAAAGCCACAUGUAACCUGUGGAGAUCAACUGGUACACAGCAUCUUUCUACAAAGUUUGUCUUCCCUCGCAGUUGGCCUUGGUUUAGACCACUUCCUUUCCAGAAGGACUGAUCCGCCUCACCAUAAAAUCAGUACUCAAGAACCUGUUUCACAUGAAUGGGCUUGGCUGUCAACUUUCUCUGCUGCUAUUAAGAGUGCUGAAGCGCUGGCAAAAGGAACCACCUUCCCAGAAGCCUUUAGUGUUCCACACUUCAGCCAAGUUUCAGAUUCAGAAUUCGUCAAAGCAUUGGAAAACAGCAACUGGAGUUAUGUUAUGGAUGAGCAGCUUAUGACCUGGGCCACAUCUAAACCAGAGGACUGGCAACUAGGUGGCAAAAGUGAAGUAUUUCUGUGGGGAAGUGGACAUCAUGGACAACUGUCUGAUGCUGGAAAUAGUGCUUUAAUACCAACUCUUGCACCAUCUUUGACACAAGCUGUGCAGGUAGUCUGUGGGCAGAACUGCACCUUUAUUGUCCAGGCUAAUGGAACUGUUGUAGCCUUUGGAGAAGGCAGCUAUGGCCGCUUGGGUCAAGGAAAUUCUGAUGACCUUCACACUCCAACUGUUAUUUCAUCCUUGCAGGGUUAUGUUGUGACACAGUUAGUCACCUCCUGUGGAUCAGAUGGUCAUUCAAUGGCUCUGACUGAGAGUGGGGAAGUUUUCAGCUGGGGUGAUGGUGAUUAUGGAAAGCUUGGUCACGGAAAUAGUGAAAGACAACGCAGACCUAGGCAAAUUGAAGCUCUGCAGGGAGAAGACAUUGUGCAGCUCUCAUGUGGAUUUAAACAUUCAGCCGUAGUAACAGCUGAUGGAAAACUUUUCACAUUUGGGAGUGGAGAUUAUGGGCGCUUGGGUCUCAGGAGUACAUCUAAUAAAAUGGUUCCUGAAAAGGUGACAGCCCUGGAAGAUUACUCAAUCGGACAGGUGGCCUGUGGAUUGAAUCACACUCUGGUUGUUUCAUCAGACGGAAUGACAGUGUGGUCAUUUGGUGAUGGAGACUAUGGAAAGCUAGGCUUGGGAUCGUGUACUGUCAAAUGCCGUCCUCAGAAAAUUGAGGCCCUUUGCAAUAAAGGUGUGAAGAAAGUAGCUUGUGGAACCCAGUUUUCAGUUGUACUAACAAAAGAUGGACGUGUAUUCACUUUCGGACAAGAGCGUCUUAUAGGCUUGCCAGAUUCAAUGCUGUGUAAUCACAACCGCCCACAGCAGGUGCCUGCGUUAGACUCGAUGUUUGUUGAAGAUAUUGCAGUAGGAUCAGAGCAUACACUUGCUUUGUGCUCAACAGGAGAUGUAUUUGCUUGGGGAUGUAAUGCUGAAGGUCAGCUUGGUCUAAAUCAUGCCAAUCAAGUUAAAGAACCAACAUUAAUUACUGCACUUCAAGGGAGAAAUAUUCAUCAGAUUUCAGCUGGCCGGUGUCACAGUGCUGCGUGGACCACCCCUCCUCCUUCACCUAGAACUCCAGGAAGCACAGUUCCUGUUCAACUUGGUGUGCCACAGAUGGUACCUCCUCAGUACAGCAUGCUUAAAGACUGUAGCCCAGAAGCCCUUACAAAUAGGUUACAGGUUCUGUUUCACUUCUCUGACCUGAUGCACAAGUCUUGGCGACUACUGAAUCUCAACUUGAAAAAUCAGACUAAUGCAUCCCUGUAUAAUGUUGGAGCUUCAGCAAUAGCUCAAGGGCGGCUGAGAGGACUCUUUUCUCCGAAAGUCAACAUUCUGCCGUUGGUGCGAUCAAUAGGAAGAACUAUGAUUCAGGGAAAGACCUAUGGACCUCAGAUCACGGUGAAGAGAAUUUCUGCAAGGGGUCGGUCAACCAAGCCUAUCUUCAUUCAGAUUGCCAAGCAAGUUGAGCAGCUCAAUGCCUCAGAACUCAGGCUUCCAUCACGAGCUUGGAAAGUGAAAUUGAUUGGCGAAGGAGCUGAUGAUGCCGGUGGAGUAUUUGAUGACACAAUUACUGAAAUGUGUCAGGAGUUGGAGACAGGAGUGGUUGAUCUACUGAUUCCAACACCAAAUGGUGUUGCAGAAGUUGGUAGCAACAGAGACAGAUUUUUACUAAACCCAUCAGCUUGCACUGAAGAACACCUCCAGCAGUUUAAGUUUUUGGGGAUACUGAUGGCCGUGGCUAUUCGGACCAAAAAGCCAUUGGAUCUACACCUAGCACCACUCGUAUGGAAACAAUUGUGCUCAAUCCCACUCAUCUCUGAAGAUCUGGAGGAAGUUGACUUGCUUUACAUUCGGACCUUGUAUGGAAUCCUACAUCUCGAUGACAGUGGGAUAACAGAAGAAAAUUUCUUGGAGAUGAUCCCCUUAGAUUCGUUUGUUGGCAGGAGUGCAGAUGGCAGGGUUGUUCCACUAAUUCCUGGAGGAAGCAGCAUACCUUUGACUUUUGGAAACAGGAAGGAGUAUGUAGAAAGAGCAAUUGAAUAUAGGUUGCAUGAAUUGGAUCAACAGGUCACAGCAAUAAGACAGGGAAUGUCAGCCAUAGUCCCUGUACCUCUGCUGUCACUGUUUACAGAUAAACAGCUUGAACAGCUUGUAUGUGGGAUGCCAGAAGUGAACGUAGAUACUUUAAAAAAAGUUGUCCGUUAUCGUGAUAUUGUUGAAAAUCAUCAGUUGCUGGGUUGGCUCUGGCAAACGUUGCAAGAGUUUUCGAAUGAAGAGAGAGUUUUAUUUCUUCGUUUUGUCUCUGGUCGCUCCAGGCUACCAGCCAACCCUGCAGACAUCACACAGAAGUUUCAGAUUAUCAAAGUGGACAGGCCCGUCGAUGGUCUUCCUACUGCUCAGACCUGCUUCUUCCAGCUUCGACUACCCCCUUACUCAAGCCAGCAGGUGAUGGCAGAACGUUUGCGGUAUGCCAUUCAGAACUGCAGAUCAAUUGACAUGGACAACUACAUGCUGUCAAGAAAUGCUGAUACCGGAGAAGGUUCAGACACUGAAUAUUGAGUGCUGCUUUCUUCAAUACCACCUGCAAAUCAACUUUACAAUUAAUAGAAUCUCAGGCAAUUUCAUGAAAAAAUACAAGCAACUUAACACAUAAUUUUUUUUUAACUGACAUUUUCUACUUUGUGGGAUAAGCAUUUGCUACCUUACAAAUUUUGCAUAAUAAUGUGCUGGUGUUUUUAAAGAAAACUAAUUAAUUUGAUUUUGUGCACUACUGAAAAUCAGGAAUUGCCUACAUCCUGUUAAAUUGUAGAAUCAUGUUUUUGUAGAAUGCAUAAUGCACAUGGUACACUGAAUACGUCCAGCACUUUGCCUAACUUAAGCAUCUUGUGUACAGGAUCGGGGUGGAUAAUUGCCAAACAGUAACCUGAUUAUGGAAGUUUGAUGAGGUGAAUCCAAUUCUUUUGUACUAAAAUAAUUUUCCAUAUCACACUGAACAAUAAAGGAUCUUGGCCAUGCUAAAACAUUCAUAGC